UCAUUAUGACCAGCCCUGUAUGAAUGAGAGCUGACGUUGCCUGCCUGUUGUUAUUUUGUUAAAAGACGGAAGUAAAUCAAGUAGGAGGGGACGAAGGCCAUCACAGUAACUGCUACGCUUGUCACGGAGAAUCGACAAUUUGGAUCCAAGAUGACGGACUCCAAGUACUUCACCACUACUAAGAAAGGGGAGAUCUUUGAGCUCAAAGCAGAGCUCAAUAGUGAUAAGAAAGAGAAGAAGAAGGAGGCUGUAAAGAAGGUCAUUGCAUCCAUGACAGUGGGCAAGGAUGUCAGUGCUCUGUUCCCAGAUGUUGUGAACUGCAUGCAGACAGAUAACCUGGAACUGAAGAAGCUGGUCUACCUCUACUUGAUGAACUACGCAAAAAGCCAGCCAGACAUGGCGAUCAUGGCUGUUAACACCUUUGUGAAGGACUGUGAAGACCCCAACCCUCUGAUCCGGGCUCUUGCUGUUCGUACCAUGGGCUGCAUCCGUGUGGACAAGAUCACAGAGUACCUCUGCGAGCCUUUGAGAAAAUGUCUGAAGGAUGAAGACCCAUACGUGAGGAAGACGGCUGCUGUUUGUGUAGCAAAGCUUCAUGAUAUCAAUGCCCAGUUGGUGGAGGAUCAAGGCUUCCUGGACACCCUUAAAGAUCUCAUCUCUGACUCCAACCCUAUGGUUGUAGCAAAUGCAGUAGCAGCGCUGUCUGAGAUUGCUGAGUCUCAUCCCAAUAGUAAUCUAAUGGACCUGAACCCUCAGACCAUAAACAAGUUGCUGACAGCUCUUAAUGAGUGCACAGAGUGGGGACAGAUAUUCAUCCUUGACUGUCUGGCCAAUUACACACCUCGUGAUGACCGGGAGUCCCAAAGCAUCUGUGAGCGUGUGACCCCACGGCUCUCGCAUGCCAACUCUGCAGUGGUGUUGUCAGCGGUUAAAGUUUUAAUGAAGUUCAUGGAGAUGCUGCCCAAAGACUUGGACUAUUAUGGCACUUUACUGAAGAAGCUCGCCCCUCCACUGGUUACUCUCCUCUCUGCUGAGCCUGAGUUGCAGUAUGUGGCGCUGAGAAAUAUCAAUCUCAUUGUCCAGAGACGCCCGGAGAUCCUGAAGCACGAAAUGAAGGUUUUUUUUGUCAAGUACAAUGACCCCAUCUACGUCAAACUGGAGAAGCUGGACAUUAUGAUUCGCCUAGCAUCUCAAGCCAAUAUUGCUCAGGUGCUGGCAGAGUUGAAGGAGUAUGCCACUGAGGUGGAUGUGGACUUUGUGCGUAAAGCGGUCAGAGCCAUUGGCCGCUGUGCCAUCAAAGUUGAGCAAUCAGCCGAGCGCUGUGUCAGCACACUGCUAGACCUCAUCCAGACUAAGGUCAACUAUGUGGUGCAAGAGGCCAUUGUGGUCAUCAAGGACAUCUUCCGCAAGUACCCUAACAAGUACGAGAGUGUGAUUGCCACUCUGUGUGAAAAUCUGGACUCUCUGGAUGAGCCGGAGGCGCGUGCCGCCAUGAUCUGGAUUGUAGGAGAGUACGCCGAGCGCAUCGACAAUGCUGAUGAGCUGCUGGAGAGCUUUUUGGAGGGUUUCCAUGAUGAAAGCACUCAGGUGCAGUUGCAGCUCCUGACUGCAAUCGUCAAAUUGUUCCUGAAAAAGCCAACGGAGACCCAAGAGCUGGUGCAGCAGGUUCUAAGCCUAGCCACACAGGACUCUGAUAACCCAGACCUAAGAGACCGAGGCUACAUCUACUGGCGUCUGCUCUCGACAGACCCUGUGGCUGCCAAAGAGGUGGUUCUGGCUGAGAAGCCGCUGAUCUCUGAGGAGACAGAUCUGAUUGAGCCUACACUGCUGGAGGAACUUAUCUGCCACAUUGGUACUCUGGCCUCUGUCUACCACAAGCCACCCAGUGCCUUUGUUGAGGGCAGCCGCGGAGUUCAGCACAAGAGACUCCCUGGCAGUACUGAAUCUGGGGAGAGUGAGAGCCCUGACACAACUUCUGCUGCUGCAGUUUCUGAUGCCCCUCCGGCUGUCAUCCCAUCCCAGGGAGACCUGCUGGGAGAUCUUCUCAAUCUCGACCUGACACCUCCCACCACCACUGGACCACCACCACCAGCCUCUAGUGGCAUGCAAAUGGGUGCUAUGGACCUUCUUGGAGGAGGACUUGACAGCCUGCUUGGAGGAGACCUUGGUGGAAGUCCUGCUAUUGGGGCUGGUUUUGGUGCUCCCCCAGCUGCAAUGCCAGCCUCUUUCAGUGCCCCUGUCAGCGGCGGUCUGGAUGACCUGUUUGAUCUCGGAGGUGGAGUUGGUAUGCCUAUGGGAGCCUACAGCGCCCCCAAAACUGUUUGGCUUCCAGCUAUGAAGGCCAAGGGCUUGGAGAUAUCAGGCACUUUCGCCCGCCGAUCUGGGGUCAUCCAAAUGGAGAUGACCCUCACCAAUAAAGCUAUGAGUGUCAUGACUGAUUUUGCUAUACAGUUUAACAGAAACAGCUUUGGUCUCGCUCCAGCUGGUCCACUGCAGGUUCUGACUCCUCUAAACCCAAACCAGAGUAUUGAAGUGACUCUUCCCCUCAAUACUGUGGGACCUGUCAUGAAGAUGGAGCCUCUUAACAACUUGCAGGUGGCUGUUAAGAACAACAUUGACGUAUUCUACUUCAGCUGCCAGUACCCCAUCAGCAUGCUGUUUGUAGAGGACGGGAAGAUGGAGCGGCAAGUUUUUCUUGCUACAUGGAAAGACAUUCCUAAUGACAAUGAGGCCCAGUUUCAGAUCAAAGACUGUCAUCUCAGCUCAGAUGCAGCAUCCAACAAACUGCAGGGUAGCAACAUCUUCACCAUAGCCAAGCGCACAGUGGACGGUCAGGACAUGCUGUAUCAGUCCAUGAAGCUCACCAAUGGCAUCUGGGUGCUGGCUGAGAUGAGGGUGCAGGCAGGAAACCCAGUCUACACAGUCUCUCUGAAGUGCAGAGCUGCAGAGGUUUCCCAGUGGGUGUUCCAGAGCUACGAGGCGGUGCUGAAGAACUGAACAAACAAGCCUGUGCAUCCACCCAGCCGCAGCCCUUGCAGACUACCAUCUCACUCUCGCUCUCUCUCAUUCUCUCUCGCCUGACCCGCGAACCACAUCACAGCCUCACGCAGUGCCGGGAGCCGCUUCCCGCUGCGUUCGGUCGGGACACUGCAGUCCUCAUGUUGCCCAACCAUUUCAUCAGGAUGGUUAAUGGGUCUGUCGGCCCUUCCUUUCUUGCUUGCUUUCUUCCUUUUUUCCCCUCCAAUGCUGCAGAGAGAUGUGGUAACUCUCUUGGCUGCCCUUAUCCUGUCCCCAUCUUUGUUCACACCACAUGCUUCAGUUUCAGGAAAUCAUCCCAAGCUAAAUUAUCUGAAUUCAGGUCCCCUGUUCUCCCCUGUCCGAGCCAACAACAAUCUUUAUUCGUUUUUUUUUUGGGGGGGGGGGCGGCAGACGGCUCUGAAUGUUUCUCUGCAUGAGGCGCUUUUAUCAUUUUCAAGCCCUGCUACACUCUCUCUCUCUCUCUCAUUGGAGUCUAUUUUUAGCACCUGUGAUCAGCAGGUGAAUCAUCACUUUCACCAUAUUUAUUUGGGGGUUAAUUUCAAUUAAGAUGUCAGACAGGAGAGGCUUUGACUGCCUUUUAGCUUCUCUCUCUGUGAAGGGGAUAAAAGGCUGUGUGGAUCUUAAUAGAGCCACAUAAUUACAUCUAAAAAAAAAAAGAAAAAUUACACUAUUGUUUUUGUCUUUUAUAGUUUUCUUUUAGUAUCUGGUUAUCAGGGGGAUCAUCGUCUGUCCCCGAAAGCAGAAUGUCUGUUUUUCUGUGUGCAUGGAAACUGUGUGUUACUGCGUGUAUAAUUUUUACAUCAACAUCGCAACAUUUUAUAGACUAGCAGCAGUUGUCCUCGGACUACUCUCUUACUCAGUCAUUCCAUGGUUUAAUUUGUGUUCAUAGUCUCGUUUAGCGCACAUGCUGCAAACUGGGAGAGAGGCUCAGGUGGCGCGAGUUUUAUAAGUGUCGGCGCUCUCUGCGUCAGCAGCGCCGGCCACCCCGGGCUCUCUGCCACUUUGCUCUCCGUGUAUCCACGCUGCAGCUCUCUCGAGGUCCACGCCUUACCUGACAUGAAGGCUCAGGUGGAAAAUAAAUCAAAACAGCUGAUGCCAUAGUUUGUAACACUUCUGAGUCACAAGCGCACAUGUAGGUAGCAGGCAGCGUUCGCUAAAACAAAGCUGGAUCAACAUGCAGCGUCUCUAUUUGAGCUGCAGGCUCCGCUGAUUAAUUGGAUUCCUUUUAGCGAGCUGGUACACCGACUCUACCGGCGCUACAGGAUCAGCACGGAGGCUGUGUAUUCUGAGUGUGUGUCUUUGUGUGUGAUGCAGCUGAUACUUAUGACAUGCUGUACAAAAAAAAAAAUCAGAUGUUUAAUCAGAUGUUUGUUUUUUCAUUGUGUGUACAUCAUUUGAAGAACUAUUAAAAGUCUUGAUUAAUUCA